GUCGUGACGUCACAGUUUGUUUGGAGUUUUGUGUCAUGGCGAAGCAAAUGCUUGUGUGGAAGGAAAUUAUCUGAAUUUUCAAGUGAAGAGGAAGAUAAACGAAAGCCAAAAUGUUGCGUCGGGGUGGGAAGCGCAUCCGUAUGGAUGAGCCGCCACCAGAGUAUGAUGCACCACCCAUGACCCCAAUGACACCAGCAUCAGAACUGCAGGAACCCUAUACACCUUAUACACCUUACACUCCAGCUGCUGAGACUCCUCUUCACCACCCUGAUUAUCAGAUGGGCUACAACCAGUCCUAUGACCAGCCAGUCCAUCACCAGCCCCCACAGACGCCUCAGCAGCAGCAUAUUUAUGGUCACCAGGAAUAUGAUCAGCAGCAACAGCCGCAGCAGCAGCAACCACCAGUCUACCAGCAACAGCAGCAGCAGCAGCAAAAUGUUUAUCAAAACAUCUAUGAACAGCAACCCCCACAGACUCCAACACCUCAUUAUCAACAACAACACACUCCUCAGGCACAUGUGGAGCCAGAGCCAGAGCCAGAGCCGGAUAUGGAGCCUGAAGAGCAGGAUGAGGACAUGGACCAUGAUGUAGAAUCUGACCUAGAUGCCCAUGAGGAGGAGGACCAGCAACCAGCCCAGAAUUAUGAGCCAAUCCCGAGGUUGACAAUUUCCAUCCGAGGGAGAGGCCGAGGUCGCGGGAGAGGCAGGAUUGCUACCAUUAAAAAGAUUGGAGAUCAGAUUGUUGGAGAGCCGCCACGCAAGAGAGGAAGGCCUGGCAGAAAGCCUAUUACUGAGGUCAUGGCUGAAGAUGAACAGUCUCUGUAUUUUAUUGUGAGAAAUGGAAGGACAGCCUUAGCGCAAGUGGUUGAUGAUUGGAUAGACUCUUACAAGGAUAACCGUGAUGGAGCACUACUACAGCUUAUGCAGUUCUUCAUCAAUGCUGCUGGUUGCAAGGGCAAGAUCACACCACAUAUGCAGGCUACCAUGGAACAUGCUGAGAUCAUCAGGCGAAUGACAGAGGAAUUUGAGGAGGAAAGCGGUGAGUAUCCAUUAAUCCAGAGCGGUCAACAGUGGAAGAAGUUUCGCAGUAACUUCUGCGAGUUUGUGCAGCUUUUGGUGAAACAGUGUCAGUACUCCAUUAUCUAUGACCAGUACCUUAUGGACAACGUCAUCUCUCUCCUCACUGGCCUCUCUGACUCCCAAGUCAGAGCUUUUCGACACACAGCAACGCUCGCAGCCAUGAAAUUGAUGACGGCAUUGGUGGACGUUGCUCUGACGGUGUCUGUCAACCUUGAUAACACUCAGCGCCAGUAUGAAUCAGAGAGACAGAAGUCUCGUGAGAAACGUGCAUCUGACCGCCUUGAAUCGUUGAUGUCAAAAAGACAAGAACUGGAAGAAAACAUGGAUGAAAUCAAGAACAUGCUCACAUACAUGUUCAAGUCUGUCUUUGUUCAUAGAUACAGGGACACACUACCUGAAAUCCGCUCCAUCUGUAUGGCAGAAAUUGGCUUGUGGAUGAAGAAAUUCCACCAAAACUUUUUGGAUGACUCGUACCUGAAAUACAUUGGUUGGACACUUCAUGAUAAAGUAGGUGAUGUGCGACUCAAAUGCUUACAAGCCCAGCCCUUGUAUGCCAGUGAAGAACUCAAAGGGAAGCUGGAACUCUUCACCAGCAAGUUUAAAGAUCGUAUUGUGGCCAUGACUCUGGACAAGGAAUAUGAUGUUGCUGUUCAGGCAGUGAAACUGGUGAUCUCUAUUCUCAAAUAUCACAGGGAUAUUUUGACAGACAAAGACUGUGAACAUGUGUAUGAACUUGUGUACUCUUCCCAUCGUGCUGUUGCACAAGCAGCAGGAGAGUUCUUGAAUGAGCGUCUUUUCAUUCCUGAUGACGAGGCUGUUGCUGCUCUGAGAACAAAGCGUGGCAAGAAGCGUAGACCUAACACUCCCCUCAUCAGAGAUUUGGUUCAAUUCUUCAUUGAGUCUGAGUUACAUGAGCAUGGAGCAUAUUUGGUGGAUUCUCUUAUUGAAAGCAAUGACAUGAUGAAGGACUGGGAGUGCAUGACAGAUCUCCUCCUAGAAGAACCUGGGCCCAUGGAAGAACCCUUAGAUGAUCGUCAAGAGACCAGUCUUAUAGAAAUCAUGGUUUGCUGCAUCAAGCAAGGAGCCACAGGGGAACCUCCUGUUGGUAGAGGCCCAACAAGGAAGCAAAUACUGUCAGCCAAAGAGGUUAAGCAAGUGAAUGAUGACAGAGCAAAGUUAACAGAACACUUAAUCCCAACAUUACCACAACUUCUGCACAAGUAUUUGGCUGACCCAGAGAAGGUAGCCAACCUCCUCCUCAUCCCUCAAUACUUUGACUUGGAAAUAUACACUACAAGCAGACAAGAGAAGAAUUUGGACUUGCUCCUGAAGCUUAUUCAAGAAGUGGCUGAUAAGCACAGUGACACUGAGGUAUUAGAAACAGCAGCAAAGACCUUAGAGAUCCUGUGUAAUGAUGACUACACAAUCUACUCCCGGUGUGACAUUGCAAGGUCCUCUCUAUUAGAUAUGGUGGUCAACAAGUACAAAGAAGCUAAUGAUGAAUACCUCACCCUUAUUGAUGGUGAGGAGGAACCUGAUGAAGAUGAAACCUUUGCUUUGGUAUCAUCUGUGAAGAAAGUGUCCAUCUUUUAUUCCUGCCACAACAUGGGCCCAUGCAAUAUUUGGGAUUCACUGUACAAAAACAUUAGCUAUGCUAUUGAUGGCAGUAAAUCUCUACCAGAGGAGGCAACAAAGUACUGCAUUUCUUCAUGCUUCUUUGGUGUUAUGUGGGAACUGCACCAAAUAGAAAUGGAUAAGCGGACUAUCACACAUGAGGCCGUUGAAGCUCUACGUACUCGUCUGCACCUGUUCUUAGAUGCAUGCAAACACCUAUUGGCUAAUUCAAACAACCAAGUCUUCAGAGAGGAGGCUUAUGUGACAUUGUGUGAUCUUCUGAUUGUGUUCAGCCGUCAGUUGUUGGCCAAUGCACAUCUGGCUCCUCUGGUGUAUGUGCCAGACAGGGGCCUGCAGCAUCUCCUGAACCACUUCAUUCAAACCUAUGUCUUUAUUGAUGAUGAGGAUGAAGAACAAGAUGAACACGUCAAAAUUGAAGAACUCCACAAAAGACGUAACUUUCUUGCCACUUUUUGCAAGUUAAUUGUGUACAAUGUUCUGCCAACAAAGGUUGCUGCAGAUGUCUUCAAACAUUAUGUCAGAUAUUAUGAUGAUUAUGGUGAUAUCAUCAAGGCCACCUUGGGCAAAGCCCGUGAGAUCAAUAAGGUGAACUCUGCCAGAACCAUGGCAUUGGCCCUUACGAUGAUCUUCCGAGAACUUCACAAAGAUAAUGUGAGAAUCAACAGGCAGGGUGUAGACUUCAUUAGUCUCAAGGAACUGGCCAAACGAUUUGCGUUGUCCUUUGGUCUUGAUGCUGUGAAAAAUCGUGAGGCUAUUACUGCACUUCACCGGGAAGGCAUUCUGUUUGCUGUUAACCCUCUUGAAAACCCUGCUGAUCCUACAGGACCUCCUCCCAACCUGGCUUUCUUGGAGAUAUUAACUGAAUUCACAAAUAAGCUCUUGAAACAGGACAAGAGAGUUGUGCUUGCAUACCUUGAUCGUCGCAUAGCUGCUGGUAUGCCAAGCUCAAGAGGGGAGGACUGGCAGCCAUUACUUAUGUAUCGCAAUUCACUGGUGCAUGGAGAGGGUGAUCAGCCACCUCAGACAUCUAAGCGUGCCUACACCCGCAAGCGCAAACAUGUUGAUGAUGAUGACGAUGACGAUGAGGAUGAUGAUGCUGGAUUCCAGUUCCAGUCGAGGAAAAGGUCUCAGAGGAAAACAAGAAAGAAACCAUGCCUUGAAAUCGAAACAAAAGUGACACGAAGUUCAUCGAGAUUGAGGAGGAGAAAACCCACAGAUCCCAGUUUCCUGCUAUCAUCUCCAUCCUCAUCAAGUUCUGUUGUCAUUGAAGAGUUCAGUAGUCAGUCCAACAGUAUUCCUUCUCAUCCUCGCUAUCGCUCAACACCACAGGUCUGCAGUGAGCUAAGUACUCCACGACCAGGUAGCUCUGCAUUUUAUAAACGUAAAUUCAGAGGAGUGUCACACAUUUCUUCAGACUCAGUAAGGCAAGACACAUUUGAGCCCCAAGCAAAGAGAGCUUGUAGGACAAGAAAACAAGCAGUUUCUGAUAACUCGGAUCAAAGUGAUGAUUCAGGCAUUCUAGGACAGGAUGAAGAAAGUCCAGCAAGAUAAGAUGAAGCAAGUGAAAAAUAAAAUCAGUAUGCAAUCUUCCAGCAAAUGCUCCAUUUAGUUCUCAGGUGGUUCACAAUAUUUCAGCAUAGAACAUCUUUGUAGUUGCACACAAUUUUUUAAGAUUUGUCAUACUUUAUAAUUUGAAACUAUUUUAUUUGCCACAUCACUAGAUAUCACUACACCAAAUCUUAAUGAGAUGAAACAUUGUUUUUCUAAUUAAAAAUAAAAAAUAAAAAAGGAGUUACUUUUCAUUGCAAAAACAUAAAAAAAUAUUAUUUUUAACUACCUUUUUCAGGUGGUGAAUUAAGUUUAGUUUAGUCUCAGACACUAAGGGAAAUUUUUUUUUUUCAAUUUUGUAUGGGAGAAUUGGCUGCUCACCAGUGAAUAUUUUAUUUGUGAUUCAUUAGUUUUUAAUUUCUGCAUAUUAACAGCAGAUUUGUUAUUUAUUAUGAUUUUUUGUCAAAUGUAGCAGACUACAGUUUAUCUUCAUCACAUUAUUUGUUUGGGUAUACAGUAGUUAAAUAUUGUUUCUGUAUACUCCUAAAUUAAAAAAAUUUAAAAAUUAAUGAGGACUAGUUGAUUAUAGUUUAAGUUGACUCUCACAGUAGAAAACAUUAUUUUGAUUGCAUGCCUUAUUUCUGGAAUGUUUAUUAAAAAAAAAACU